CAGACUUGAAUGAAGUCAAAUACUACAGACUUUCAAAUUUAAUGUCCUGCCUCGCUUGCCGUAGGAAUCACGGACUGUGGACAUGGUGGUAGUCAGUUAGCCUGCUAGCCAUUUGUUUUGGCUGUUUAUUAUCAUGGUAAAAUGUUCGAUAAUAUGUAAUGAUCUGUCUGUUGAUGAAGGAGGAUGUGGAGGGGAUGUGGCUGAACAAUGGGUACCGUUUUUGGGAGAAAGAGUCAACCUACGCGUGUAACGGAACAAGACAAAGCCAUUUUGCAAUUGAAGCAGCAGAGAGAUAAACUGAAGCAGUACCAAAAGAGAAUCACCCUCCAGCUGGAGAAAGAGCGACUUCUGGCAAAGCAGUUGCUGAAAGAUGGAAAGAAAGAAAAAGCACUGCUGCUUCUUAAGAAAAAACGAUAUCAGGAUCAGCUACUAGACAAGACUGAAAACCAGAUAUCCAACCUGGAGCGGAUGGUUCAAGAUAUUGAGUUCAUGCAAAUUGAGAUGCAAGUCAUGGAGGGACUUAAGGUUGGCAACGAUUGUCUGAAGAGUAUGCACGAGAUCAUGUCGGUUGAAGAUGUGGAGAGAAUCCUGGAUGAGACGCAGGAAUCAAUUGACUAUCAAAAGCAAAUAGAUGAAAUGCUGGCUGGAGCCCUGACGCAGGAGGACGAGGAGGCUGCGUUAGCAGAGCUGGAAGCUAUCACUCAGGGAGAAGAUUUAGCGCUUCCAGAAGUCCCCACUGAGCCGAUACCAGAGGUCCCAGAGACACAUAAAGAGAGGAGAGAAGCAAAGGACAAGCCAGACAGAGAGAUGUUAACAGCCUAGAACAGAGUCAACUUCUACUGAUGGACACUCUGUUGAUUUCACUCUUUCAUCCUUAAUUGUUAGUAGAUGAAGGUGGGACCUGCACACAUCAGUGCCCCCCUGAAGUAUCUACAUAAAGGAUUUGUAUUAGCAAAGAAAUGUCACAUUGUAACUGUUAUGGUUAUGGUGUAACAGAAUGAACGGACACAUUUUUAGAUGUUUUACACAUUCAUUUCAGUUGUUUUCCAUAUUAAAUUGAGCUGUGGCCACAA